GGCGGCCUCGAGGGCCGCGUCGACAUUCCGACGCCGCCGAGCUUCUUGCAGGACGGGCGGGCGAGCUCCAUCUUGGAGGGCGUUGAACGAGCAAGCGGGCCGUUCGACUUGGCGGGUUUACAGUAUCUUGCAACAAAGGUGGGGUGCAUCUUUGUCAGCCAGGUCCCCGACGCCGCGCCGUCGAACGGUCGCGCCUUGGGCUUCAUCCAUCGCGAGCUGGCGGGGCUCCGCAACGUUUUCGAGAACCCGAUCGACAUGGGCCGCGUCAUAGGCGACGUGCACGCGAACGCCGCUGUGCAUCGGUCGACGUUGCACCACAACGCCGUGGCCACAGCUUUGGGGAAGCUGCUGCUGGAUGAGCGCGCGUUCGAGUUCAACGCGCUGGAGCUUCCCCCAAGGGGCGCCAGGGGCCGCGCUGAGGCGGUGCUGUGGUUCUCGCUCGGCAAGGGCGCUCGCGGCGCCCUGGACAACGAGGGCGCGGCUGCGAACGAGCAGCAGGGGCACGCCGUCGUCAAACGCAAGAUCGACGGGAUCCCUCAGUACGUGAACGGUGACAUCCGCGACGAGCGGAUCGUCCAUUACGAGCGCUGUUGUGGCAUGUGCGCAAAUCGGUUGGCCGCG